UGAGUGAGUCAGAGAGAAAGACAUAGAUAUAUACAUACAUAGAGAGAGAGAGAGGAGAGGAGAGAGAGAGAGGAAUGGGGAAAGGAAGAGCACCUUGCUGUGACAAGAGCCAAGUGAAGAGAGGGCCAUGGAGCCCUGCUGAGGACUUGAGGCUCAUCACUUUCAUUCAGAAACAUGGCCAUGAUAACUGGAGGGCUCUCCCUAAGCAAGCAGGGUUGUUGAGAUGCGGGAAAAGCUGUCGUUUGAGAUGGAUUAAUUACCUCAGGCCUGACGUCAAGCGAGGGAACUUCACUCAAGAGGAAGAAGAAGCCAUGAUUAAGCUACAUGAAACUUUGGGAAACAAGUGGUCCAAAAUUGCGUCAUAUUUUCCUGGAAGGACAGAUAAUGAAAUCAAGAAUAUUUGGAACACUCACUUGAAGAAGAGAUUGCCCUUAGCCAAGAACUCUGAUUCUAGCGGAGAUGAAUCAAAAGAAUCCUCCAUAACAUAUUCUUCCUCAUCUUCAUUCAGUUCAAAUCCAUCUUGCGGAAAACGAGGUUUGGAAUCGGAGGAGCUUGGACAUCGAUCCGACGAUGAAUCCGUCCCCAAGAGGCCAUGCAGCAAUAAUGAUCAGUUGACAAUCGUCCAAGAGAAGCUAAUUGAUCACGAUGUGCAAAAAGAAGUGACAAACCCUAAUGACCAACUGAUCAUCACAAGCACUACUACUACUACUACUUCUUCAGCUUCUUCUCAUGCUUCAAAUAUGUCAAACAGUACCAACACUACUCAAGCUGAUCAUGUUUCAAGGGACGAUGAUCAUGAUCAAGAGGAUGAUCAAAUGGCUAAUAAUUGGCUGUUUGACUUUAUGGGACCUUAUGAUGUUAGUGAUAUAUUACAGGAGGUGAACAAACCGGACACCCAAGCUGAUUUAAUGGCCCCAUUGGAGGCUGAUUAUGAGUUUUGGAACAUGUUGGAGAAUUUAGGCACUAAUUUUCUCCAACAGCCAAACGACCAAGUCCAACCUCAAAGUUCAAACUUUAAUGGGGAAGGACACAAGGGAGAGAAUAUUGAAAGUUGGGAUUGGAUUAGAGCCUUGGAAAACGAGCUCGGAUUAACGGGAAACGACAACCAAAACCAGCAACUAGUCUUGGAAGAUCAAAGCCAUGCAAUGGAGGAACAAGUCCCAGCAGAGAUGUACUUUCACUAUGACGUUGAGGAAAAGCUGCCAGAAGAAUCUGAUCCAUGCCUAUACCUUUACUAAUUAUAAUCAAUUUGCGCGGCCCUUUAUAAAUAUUUGCAACAACAUUCAGCAGCCAUCUGAUUGAUUAUUAAUCAAAUCAUUGAUUAAUUUAUUUUUUUCUCUCAUGAUAGGGCUGUUUAUUGUCAGAAGCUUCAGGUACUUUUUAGUACUGUUCAUUAUUAAUUAUUUAGAGAUUAU